AUAAUGGGAAAUUCAAAUUCCACUCAUUAAUUUUUUCACGUUUCCCCUUCGAUCUCCCACUUCUUGCUUUUAACAGCUUUAUUAAUCAUCAGGCAACAUUGCUCGCAGUCGUUAAAUUGUGUUUACAUUUUUUGAGUAGGUACACGUGUUCGCUAGUUUCGGUUAUAAGAUUUACUAGUACAGUUAAAAUAUGAACAAAAUUUUAGAAAACUCUAAUCAAGAUAACAUCAAAAAAAUUAAAUCUGGUUUAACUUUUUCGUCACCUUUAAAUGACAAUUUUAAUCCUCCAGAUAAAAAAUCAAGUUGUACCUGGCAUAAAAAUGUUGACAGAACAACAACACCACAUACAGUCCAUGAUUGGAGAAGAACUUCGAAAAUUUUACCAAAUGCACUUGCUGCUAUUGGGAAUACUCCAAUGAUAAAACUUAAUAGAAUUCCUCAAGCUGAAGGACUAAAAUGUGAUUUAUAUGUUAAAUGUGAAUUUUUCAAUCCUGGAGGAUCAGUUAAGGAUCGCAUCGGUAUGAGGCUUAUUGAAGAUGCUGAAAAACAAGGUAUUCUCAAACCAGGAUCGACUAUCAUCGAACCUUCUUCUGGAAACACUGGAAUCGGAUUGGCGUUGGCAGCAGCAAUAAAAGGUUAUAGAUGUAUUAUUGUUAUGUCUGAAAAAAUGUCUAAUGAAAAGGUAUCUGUUUUAUCCGCUUUGGGAGCGGAAAUAGUUAGAACGCCGGUGAAUGCAGAUUCAAAUUCAGCUGAAGGAAUGUUCGGAAUGACGCAUAAGUUAAGAAAAGAAAUUCCGAAUUCCGUUAUAUUGGAUCAGUAUUCAAAUCCUGCAAAUCCUUUGGCACAUUAUGAUACCACGGCAGAAGAAAUUUACGACCAAUGCGACAAAGAAGUUGAUAUGAUUGUUAUGGGUGCAGGUACAGGUGGUACGGUAGCGGGAGUCGGACGCAAAUUUAAAGAAAUAUCACCACAGACUAAAAUCGUAGCUGCCGAUCCGGUAGGAUCAAUUUUAGCUCUACCAGAAUCUCUUAAUGAAACCGACGCGGGAUUUUAUGAAGUAGAAGGAAUUGGAUAUGAUUUCGUACCAACAGUUUUGGAUAGAGAUGUUGUCGAUAUAUGGAUCAAAACAACAGACGAAGAAUCACUUCCUAUGGCAAGAAGAUUAAUUCAGGAAGAGGGAUUGUUAGUUGGAUCAAGUAGUGGGGCAGCGGUAGCAGCGGCAGUUAGAGCAGCGAAACAUUUAGAGUCAGGUAAAAAAGUUGUUGUUGUUUUACCUGAUAGUAUAAGAAAUUACAUCACAAAAUUUGUUUCUGAUCAAUGGAUGGAAGCUAGAAACCUUAGGAUGCCUAAGAAUACCAUGAAUCACUGGUGGUGGAAUGAUCCAGUGACAAAGUUAAAUUUCAAUAAAUUACUUUUGGCUACAGCUGGUAUGAAGUGUGAAAAAGUUUUAAGUAUGAUAAAAAAAGCUGGUAUUGAUCAAAUUCCAACAGUGGAUAGCACAGGGAGUAUGGUUGGGAUGUUGACUCUACAGAAUUUGAUGCAGGGUUUACUAUCUGGUAAGGUAAAGCCUGAAGGCAGUAUCGAAAGAUGUUUAGUUAGAAUAUAUCCUAAAGUUCAGAAAUCCGCAAAUCUCGGUGUUGUUUCCAGAAUUUUGGAAAGGGAAUCAUAUGUUUUAAUCUUGGAUUCUAAAGGUCAGUAUUAUAUAAAUAUGAAAUUUCAUAGCAUACGAAUUUUUGGUAAUAUGACAAAAAUGAAAUGGCAAUUUUGUAUAAAGUGUCAUUUUCAUUAGUAUAAAGUUAUACAGUACUUGCAAUAUACACACAUUUUUGAAUUGUUAAAUUCUAUAGCUAAUUUUCGAGUUUUCCUUAGAUCAUUUCGGAGUUUUUCCAGCUUAUUUUUGAGUUUUUUAUCUAAUUUUUAGGUUUUCAUAGCUAAUUUUUUAAAUUUUUUAUCUAUUUUUUAAGUUUUUCCAGCUAAUUUUGAAGUUGGUUAGCUAAUUUUUGAGAUUUUCUACAUAAUUUUUGAAUUUUUCCAGCUAAUUGUUGAAUUUUCUAGUUAAUUUUUAAGUUCUUUAGGAAAUUUUUGAGAUUUUCUAGCUAAUUAUUUAGUUUUCUAGCUAAUUAUUCAUGCUUUGAUAAAAAUGCGUCCGUACUGCAUCGCAACUCCCUAACCAAUAUAACUACACAUACAUAAUUUUCGAGUUUUUCUAGAUAAUUUCUGAGUUUUUCCAGCUAAUUUUUCAGUUUUAUAGCUAAUUUUUUAUUUUUCUAGUUAAUUUUUUAAUUUUCAAGCAAAUUUUUUAAAUAUUCUAGCUAAUUUUUGAGAUUAUCUAGCUAAUGUUGAAGUUGUCUAAGUUAUUGUACAGUUUUAUAGCUGUUUUUUGAGUACUCUGGCUAAUUUGUCAGUUUUCUAGCUAAUUUAUGAGUUUACUAACUAAUUUUUGAGUUUUAUAGUUAAUGUUUGAAAUUUUUACAUACUUUUUUAAUUUUUUCAGCUAAUUGUUGAGUUUUCUAGCUAAUUAUCUAAUACAUUCACUGUUUCGGAUAUGUUACUUGGAAACCAAGCGCUGUGUACAAUUUCGGGGAAUCUUCGGAAUAAAAGAGCGCGAAACGAAAACAGCGUUAAACGGGGUCUUACUGUAUUAACAUAUAAUGAGAAAAUAAAAGUUACAUUCUACAGUAGCUGCUAAAAAGAUAAUAAACGAAAGGACAAAGUAUAGCACAUCUCUAAUCUGCCUCCGACUUCGGUUCCUAUUUAACCACUUCCAUUACAUCCCUGGUUAUGACAUAAUUCAGCUUGUUUCCUGAUUGGUAUUUACAGUCAUAUGAUAUUGAAUAACAAUGAAACAAUAAAUAUACAAUGUUAUUCUAAAUUCUUAAAAACUCUUCAAUAUGUAAAACAUAGUUUCUCGUGAAUUUUUAUUAUUAAUCAACUAAGUGGAAAUUUCUGGAAAUCUUAUUGAUAUUUAUACUGAAGCACUACACCAAUAUUCACAUUGAAACUAUCAGGUCCCUCAAGCCUUCCAUAAGUCAUUAGUUCAUUCAAAAUAUUUAGUAGUAAUAGGUACGAUUCAUCAAAUGAGUCUUCCUCCCCUUUCUUCUCUGAAGACGAUAACUUGGUUAUCAGAACGCUGCGUAAGACAAUGUAAUCGUGAGUGUUGGUGUAGUGAUAAUAACUGCUGUGUUCAUAUCUGGCUGUAAAAAACAGAGUUAUUUUGCAUAUUAAUAUAAUAUAGUCUCUGUAUUUAUUACAAUAAUUGAUUGUUUCAGGAACAAAAGAAGAACCUAUUGGAAUCGUCACCGCUAUAGAUCUUCUUCAGUAUACACAGAAGUAAUGGUAGAAUAUUCAAAUACAGUUCACUUUUUUUACAUAUCUACAUACAUAACUUUCAUAUAUUCUUUAUACAUUUCUAGAAUUUAUUAGUUUAUCUUUCAUAGUUAGUAAUGAUAUAAUGUUACAGUAGAGGGUAGAUUAUCCAAACUGGUUUUUGUUAUUUCGAAUAAAAUGAAACGAAAAUAAUAUCAUUAACUAGAUGUUGAAUAUGUAUUGGUUUAUUUCAAACUGUAUACCUAAUUUGUUCAUUGAAUUUCUGUGAAACCCUUUCCGUUCAUUCGACUGGUUGUGGAUAGCUUACUUUCGGUAUACACCUCACAAAGAAAGGUUUCGAAUUGAAUUUGUGUUAAAUAUGUCGUCAACAAAAAUAUAACGAGUAGUUCUGUCAUGAAAAGAUGAAAUGGAAAUUAUUAUAUAUGUAUAUUUAUAUAUACGGCUGAAAAAAAUAAAUUGGGUGAGACAUUAGCUAUCGACUGCAAUUAUUCGAACCACCUCUGAAAACAUUAGUUUAGAUAUUCUACGCUCUACUAUAUUUUACAAUUUUUACAAGCAAAAUAUUGCAUAGUAGUUCGAAAUUAAAAAAAAAAAGUUUUCUUCCAAAAUAUUAAUAGCUUUUCAGGAUUUGGAACUACUAUACAUAUAGAUCAGCGGUCGGCAACUUGCGGCUCUUUACUUCCACACGCAAAUUUUAUUGAUAUCCUCAAAAAACAAAAUAUUUAAAAAUCGUUCUAAAUCUAUUAACAAUAAUUGUAAACGCUUUUUUUCGCUUUCUUCCCCGUGACACACCUCAAGGAUUGCUUUGUCUGAAGAGCUGUUUCAAGAUUUCAAAAACAACAGUACAAGAUAGAAUAGAUAAAAUGUCUUCUAAUCUUCAUAUUUCCAGGUGGAAGAUAUUCAACUUUCUUCGGCCUUAUCACUUGCUAUCUAUAAGUCAUACGACAUAAAAGACACGGCACAAGUUGCUCUCAUUGUCAGAUAUACGCCUUCCCAAGGUCAAAAAGAAGAACUUUUAGAAUUGUUACCGUUCUUGAGAGGAAGAUUUAGCGAAUGUCGUGCAAAAAUGCUUUAAAGAUAAUGGGAUCAAUUUAAAUAAAAUCGUUUCAAUAGCAACCGAUGGAGCCGGAAGUAUGAUAGACAACAAGGAUUCUUCAGAGCAAAAUAAACCACGAAAUUUGAAAUAAUCAGAAAAAUUACAGAUAAAUUGGUUGACAGAUUUGAGCAAAUCAAAACCACUCUAGCAUUCAAAGUAAAUCCUUAUAAUAUUUAAUAAAUUUGCUUUUCACUAGUAUAACUUUUGAUUUGACUUUAUAUAGGAAUCAAACCAAGUCCUUCCUGUGUAGGAGGGCAUUUGUUCUCACCAGUGCCAGAACGGCUCAAGGAUAAGAAACUUGUCUGUUACCCUUUUAGAGUAGUAAUACAUGGCACGAGAGGAAGGGAAAUCGUUAGGGGGUUACUACGAUCCUAACGAAAACACUGAGGGUCGCCAUGGCUUAAAAAUGCCUGGAUGACGUGCUCUCUGGUUCCUUGGCGAGGUUUUCUGUUUUGCCCGUGCCUACCUUAUCCUUGGAAGUUGGUCCGUUUUCCAUUGAAUGGAAAUGUGCCUAGACUAGAAAAAAACAUUAAUCUACGUAUAGAAAAAAAUUCUCGCCAAGUUUGAGCUAUUAAUAUCAAUUUUAAGUACUUACAAUUUAAUAUGAAGUUUUAUCUAAUAAUUCCAUAUAAUUUUUUUGAUGGAAAAAUAUGUUUUUUUUUACCAAAAAACUUUAUUUAUGCCGAAUACUCUUUAUUAUUGGCAACAAAAAUUUUUGUAAUUCUUUAAAACUUUUGAAAUUUUGUAAUUUCAAUUUUUAGCCCUCGUGGGGUAACCAAAAGGUUACCGACCCUUGAUAUAGUUGAAUACGCAUUUAAAAUAAAAGACAACAAAUUAUUAUACAUUAUAAAAGUGACUGACAAUUGUGGUUCAAAACUUGUAACUUUAUAAGGAUUGUUAUAUAUUUUGUUAUACCUCUCACAAUUUCCUAAUAAAUAAAUCUACAGUUAA